CAAGGGCUCUACUAGGACUUUGUUGAAGAUAUUUUGCAUUUCAGGUACCAUAGAACCAUACUCAACAUGUCUGCACUGUGGUGGCUUCUGGGCCUUCUGGCCUUGACUGGCUCCUCUGAAAGCAGCAAUUGGGGAUGCUAUGGAAAUAUCCGUACUCUGUACACCCCAGGAGCAUCUUGUGGGAUCGGAAGACGCCAUGGCCUGACCUACUGUGGCGUUCGUGCCUCUGAAAGGCUGGCUGAAAUAGACAGGCCAUAUCUUCUGAGAUACCAACCCAUGAUGAGAACUGUUGGCCGGAAAUACUGUGUGGAUCCUGCAGUGAUCGCUGGUGUCUUGUCCAGGGAGUCUCAAGGUGGUAAUAUUCUGGUCAACAUGGGCAGCCCAGGCAAUGGAGUCAAGGUGGUGCAGGACUCAAACUUUUAUUCUCCCACAACCUGGAUGAGUGAACCCCAGGUUUCCCAGAAAACUGAGGUUCUGACUGCUAGAAUCAAAGAAAUCCAGACAAGGUUUCCAACUUGGACUCCUGACCAGUACCUGAGAGGUGGACUCUGUGCCUACAGUGGUGGUGCUGGCUUUGUCAGAAGCAGCCAGGACCUGAACUGUGACUUCUGCAACGAUGUCCUUGCACGUGCCAAAUACUUCAAGAACCAUGGCUUCUAACUCCAGAUGAAACCCAAGUUCAUUAUUAUAUAUGAGGCCUCAACUGUUCCAUCAAUAAAGUUAGCCAAUGAGGUCUACAGCUGCAAAUAUGAGUUGGAUCAGGAGGUUGUCAAAAUAUGAUGAAUCACAUUAAAGGAAGAGGUGUUA